CGGGCGCGAGUGGGACCUUCCAGGGAAGAGGGUUUGGGACUCCGGGAUCAUGACCUGAGCCGAAGGCAGUCGCUUAACCAACUGAGCCACCCAGGCGCCCGACCUAAGGGAAAUUAAGGGGAGAAUUUGCGAUAUUCGAGGAGAGAAUUUAGGAAGAAAGACCUAAAGCCAAGGAAUGGGUCUAGGGAAGACUAAGCCCCUGCACCUGGUGAUGCCAGUAUGGAACCGGGGUACCAGGGGCAUCCGUGGCCUGAGCAGGGCAGUGGCCCUGGAGGGCAGUCAGAAGAAGGGGAGGUCCCUGCUCCAGUUCCUGGCUGACCGCUUCUAUGACGUGCAGGCUCUCAGGGAGUACCUGCUCCAAAAGCAGGUGUUGAAGGUGCACCAGAAAAAUCGGCCCUUCACCUACAUCAAGGAGCGCUUCGGUCCCCACGCCGCGGGCGCCUAUUUCAUCCUGAAGCAGGGAGGCGCGGUCAAGUUUCAGGGCAAGGAGUGGAUCCGGUCAGAUGCGCAUGGCCACUUCUCUCUUGACUUCUUGAAGUUCCAGGCGGUGCCCGUAGAGGCCGUCAAUGCCAGUGGCUGUGCCAUCAACUACCAGGGCCUGGACAGCCUCUUGGCCCUGAAGGAGCUCCGGUCCCUGUGGCUGCAGCGCUGUCCCCACGUGGAUGACUGGUGUCUCGGCCGCCUCCACCCGCUAGCCAACUCGUUGCAGGAGCUCUCGCUGGCCGGUUGUCCCCGAAUCUCCGAACGGGGCCUCGCCAGCCUCCACCACCUGCAGAACCUCCGCAGGCUGGACAUCUCGGACCUCCACGCCGUGUCCAACCCGGGCCUCACGCGCAUCCUGGUGGAGGAGAUGCUACCCAGCUGCCAGGCUUCUCUCCUGGGUUCCAACAGCCUCCCAGGCCCGGGGGAGGUAAGCCGCCCUGGGGAGCCGCACUCCCCCAACCCCGUGACUUCCCCAGACAUGGCCACUACCACGUCGAGAAACCCUGCUCUUGACUUGUCCCGAGACUCAAAGUAUCCUUACUCGAACGUGCUGCUGGCCCGGUUCCCUGUGGGGCACCCCUCAGCUCACGGCCCGCUGCGGCAUCCCUGGCCUCCACUCGCCAAACGCCCGGAACCCCCCUGGCCCCCCCGCGUUCCCGCUAAUCCGUCCGCCACAAACGCAGCUCUUGUGAAAACAGGCCUGGGCCUUUGCAGUAGUUUUCCUCGCUAAGUGGCGUGGUAAGGCUUGUCGGUAGAGGGCGCCCGAGAGACCCCAGGAGAAGAGCCUCGGCUUCCGUGGGUGAGCUCUGCGCGCUCCCGGGCUCCUGCCGGGCGC